UUUGCCCACCGGUUCGAUUCGCCCCCGACAGCCGGGAUGUUCACCAAGGUUGCACCAAAGCCCACUAACCACUCCAGGUUCACGGGCAAGUGUGGCCGGCCCAGGUGCCGUGGGUGUCAUCAACACCCGGCUUCCAAGUCCAUCAACAAGACCAAGGCCACCCAUAAGCUCCGCUCCGCCAAUUUGGUCUCUAAUUGUCGGUUAGCUACUUGGCGAGUCGUGGAUGCUAAACCCGGCUUGAAUUUUCCCGGGUUUUCGGUUAGUCGGGUAUUGGAUCAUUUGGAUAAUAAUGAUUAUUGGGAUGAGGAUGAUGAUGAUGAUUGUGAGGAUGAGGCCUAUGCGGAGGACUCGUGUGAGUUCGGCUCAUCGUAUUUGUGAUCAGGAGCCGUUGAAAUUAUUAAGAAUGAUGAAGAUCAGGACCGUGAAAAUGAGGGUGACGAGGAAAGUGAGGUUACGACGAGCUUUUGUGAUGUGGGACUUGUGUGGGAUCGGGCUGAUGAAGAUGAAGGUUGGUGUUUGGUUGUUGGUGAAAUGUAGUUCUUUCUUUGGUUAGCACUUUUCAUAAUCAAAACUUGAUUAAGCGUA